AUGCAGAAGCUUCGCGAUGACUACACCCAGAAGUUGGCCGACGCUGAGAUGGUGGAGCUGCACAUCAUCCAGGCCCAGGCGCGGGCCUUGGCGGAAGAAGAGCGGGUCCUCAACAACAUGAAGGCCAUGGGCUCUAGUCCCAUCCAGUUGCCUCCAGUGAAGUCUGCCUUCAGAUGGUGUGUGGACAAUGAGCUCCUCAAGAAGAACAACCUGAUUUGUCCCGAGGAUUACAUCCGUGACCCUCUGCCUUUAUCCCAUGCCCCCAAAGGCACAGAAGACAGUGUCCCGGAGUACUACAAGAUGACCUUUAGCUACCAACAGCACAUUCUAGAGCCAGAGGAAAAUCAGAAAGUGGCAGAGCUGGUCAGCAAGAAGAAGCUUCCGGCCAUCUCUUCUGACGUGUCCUUGUCUACCCUGACAAAGUCCUCCACACCAGAAGUGAACCUCCCCACAAUAGUCAAGAAAUACCACUCACCAAAGAAUAAGAUGUGGAUGAAUCAUUUAAACACAGCCCAGAGGGUCCAGGAUAGAGAACGGCUCAGAAAGUUUGAGAACAAGUAUAAUUUUCUCAAGAACCCUCGCUUUUAUCCCCCGAACACUGUGAAUGGAGGCAAAUCCCUCAUUUUUCCGCUAAAGAAGCCAGAACUGAUGGAAGAUGAACAGAAUAUUGAGUUCAGUGAAAGAAAUCUUGGUGAUGCUCCAGUGUUUCUAGCUAAGCCAGCAGUGGUUUUUUUUACUGAUUAUGUAGUUGGACCAGUUUACGAGAUUGUACUCGACCUGCAGAACAUGACGUCCACCAGCCGGCACCUGAGAGUCCUCCCUCCUUCCACGCAGUUCUUUUCCCUUGGCUUAGGAAAGUUCCCAGGAAAAGGCGGCCUGGUGGCCCCAGGGAUGAUCUGCCAGUACACAAUCCGCUUCGCUCCCGACAGCCUUGGAGACUUUGAUGAUUUUAUUUUGGUGGAGACUCAGUCGAUCCACACGCUUCUGGUCCCCUUGCAAGCCAGGAGGUCGCCGCCUAUACUGACCUUGGGUCCAGUCUUAAACUGUGGUUACUGCCUUGUUGGCGGAAUAAAAAUGACCGGGUUCGUCUGCAAGAACGUGGGACUGAGCGUGGGCAGGUUCUGCAUCAUGCCCAAGUCGUCCUGGCCACCUCCUAGUUUCAGGGCCGUUGCCACCGUUGGUUUUGUGGAGCAAGCCCCAUUUGGGAUUCUGCCUGCCGUGUUUGAGCUCUUCCCAGAACAGGCUGUCUUGUUGGAGGUGUUGUUUCUUCCUACCUCCCUGGAAACUGUGGAAAGGCCUUUCGUCAUCGUGUGCGACAACUGUCAGAUCAGAGAAGUCAUCGUUUCAGGAACUGGCCAGCUGGUUGCCCUAGAACUUCUCUAUGUGUCUGGGGAAGCAAGCUACCCCGAGGCAGGGGAGCUCACAGAUCUGACUGCUCAGCACUUCAUACGCUUCGAGUCCCAAAACAUCCAGACCACGAACUCAAAGCACCUCAUUAUAAGAAAUGCAACGCACGUGGCCCUGCCCUUUCACUGGCAGAUUAUGAAGCCCAACUUGUUGCCGCUGAUGCCAGGGGAGGCCUGGAGCUGUCAGGACAUCAAGUGCUACGUCGACUCGGAGACGGCCUUCACCAUCAGCCCCAGCAAGGGCUGCCUUCAGCCUCACUCAGACCACGAGUUCAUCCUGAGCUUUGCUCCCGAGCAGCUGAAAGAUUACCACAGUGUGAUCCAGAUUGUGCUGGAGGAGGUUCCAGACCCCAGCUGUCUAGAUAAGGAGCGGGGCUGUGAAGUUCCUUCCGCCAUCGAUGAUGUCAUUGCCCUGGAAAUCGAGGUGAAAGGCUCUGUGGAGCCCUUCCAGAUCCUCCUGGAACCCUACGCCAUUAUCAUCCCUGGAGAAAACUACAUUGGAGUAAACGUGAAGAAAGACUUCAAGAUGUGGAACAACAGCAAAUCGCCCAUCCAGUUCACGUGGGGGAAAAUCUGUGACUGCCAUAUCGUUGAAGUGGAGCCCUGCACCGGGACCAUAGGUAAGGGGGCUUCGGGACACCCUGGCGCCCACGGUCAUUGGCAGGGCCUGAGUGUCGGGCCCAGAGAGAACUCCAGAGGAGGCCCUGCCCUCAGGGAGCCCCGGGCUCACAGGCCACGCCUCCAAGGGGGGCGGGGAAAGCGCCAGGCCUCCGUGGGGAGAGGGCGUGAGAGUCUAUUGGUGCUUCAGGAGUCCACGCUCCUCCAUGCAGGCCCUACACCUGGCUCAUCGGCUGGGGAAGAAACCAGCCAGGCUUCAUCAGCGUCAGAACGACGCCGGCCCGCCCAAUGGCGGCUCGCAGGAACCACCUGCCUCCGAGAGGAGGAAAUAAAACCCCUGAGGCCCCCGCCCCAGGAGAUGGGAGCAGGGCUCCAGCCCUCCUCAGACCCUCUUGAGCAGAGCUGUCAGGCCAGCCUCGAGUGGUGGGCAGACCUGGGCUCCUCCCCGAGGCCCCAGCUCUCAGACCCGCUCUCUCCCGGGCAGGCUUCUCCCUUCUGCUUUGAGCCGCCUCGGGGCUACCUUCCUCCCCUGGGGGACACCCGGGUGACUGUUAUCUUCGAAGCCAAAUGCUGCCAGAGCCUGCAGACCGUUCUGGAGCUGCUAGUGGAGAACGGGGAGCCGAGUUACCUGCCCGUCUAUGGCGAAGUGCAGAGGCCUUAUGUCUACCUGAAGUGCAGCCAGCUGCUGCUCAGCAACAUGUACUUUGGCAUCGGCACCGAGGCCUCCAUCUCACUCUUCAACGGGACGCUGCUCCCCACCAAGUUUUACUGGGGGAAGCUGCUGGGGACUCACUCCGACCUCUGCCAGGCUGACGUCUGCCCUCCGAGCGGCAUCUUGGGCCCCAAUGAGGAGAAGAAGCUGACCCUGCAGUUUACCACCUCCACCAUGGAAGAGCUGACAGACCUUGUCCUCCCGUGUCAAAUAGAAGGGAUGAAGAAAUCUCUCGUUCUGGGCAUUUCAGGGAAGGCCAAGGGGCUGGAUGUGACCAUCUCGAUCCCCCAAAGCAGUGGCAGUUCUCGGGAUCUCUUCUUGGACUUCGGCUCGAAUGUUCCAUUGAGAUAUUUACUGAAGAAUCAGCUGGUCCUGACCAACAAGUCGGCAAUAGAAGCACCCUUUUCUUUGGAAUUCGAUUAUUUUGGGGUCACUGAAGAGAUGUGGGAGAAAAAGCCAAAGCUCCCUGAUGUGCCCCCUGCUAUGAGACACACAGCGAGGACUAUGAAGCACCUGGCCAGGAGGGACCUUCUAGACUCCAUAGACACUCUCUUGUCCCACAACAAAGGCGCCGCCUUCUUUCCCCACAUCUCCCGAGGGAUGCUGGAGGGCUUCCAGAAGCUGACCAUUGACAUCGCGGCCUGCGGCAACAUGUGGGGAGACUACCACGACCAGCUCAUCUGCAAGGCAAGAACACCCAGCGCUGCGACAAGCGCCCGAGCCGGGCGAGCACCGGCCCUCGGCCCUCCCUCCGCUGGAUGGAACCGCAGGGCCCCGGCGGCUUGGAGGCCGGCUCCUUGGGAGUCUCGUGGGCCUGCGCUGGAGUUCCCCGGAGCCGAAUGGAAUCCUCGUGCACUAAACAAUUGGCGACCAUCGGAAAAGCCGCCACCCGGGCCUGUUGGGAGGAGCCGAGGCAGCGGCCUCGGGCUGAAGCUCGCUGGGCUCCCUGAAUCGCUUUGUGGAAACGUUGGGGCAGAAUUCACCCGGAAGCACCGAAGGGCAAGGGAGGCGCCCACAGGGCCAGCUUUGGGCCUAGGGGCCCCUGCCGGCUUCUGCAGGGGCUGCUCGGGCUGGGCCUCCCUCCCUGAAGCGCUGGGACUUGCUGACAGGGCGGGCAGCGCGGCCGUUGGUCACUGCAGGCCGGAGGCCGGAGCGGAAAACCGGAGCCCUCUCACCUUCCUCCGCCCCCUUGGCCAUGGGACCCAGAACGGAGCAGCCAGCGCCGGGGGCUCCCGUGCAGGGCUCCCUGCCUUGGUCCUCCGUGUUCCCCGAAGCUGGUGCAUCCCUGGCCAGACCCGAGCCCCCCAUCUCUUCAUCUGUCCCCUCAGGCUGGAAGGAGCUUCCCUGGCUAGAGGAGAAAUGGCAGUGAGCGUCCCAGUGGGCUUUGGGGAGUGGGCAGGUGGUCACCGAGGGUUCUGCCCAUGGCCUGUGCCAAGGCCGGGCAGGCACGAGGCGGGGGCAGGUGCAGAGGAGCAGCGGCUGGUGGGAGACCUGCCGUCAACCAUCAUCCAGGUGCACAUGGGCGUGGUGGGCUGCCCCAUCACGCUGUUCCGGACCAGCCGCCUGGCCGAUGAGCCUCCCCAGGACCAGGUCAUCAGGUUUGGCACUCAGAUCUCUGGAGGAGACACCAUCUCCCGCACUCUCCGCCUGAAUAACACCAGUCCUUAUGACAUCAGGCUCGACUGGGAGAUCUACCGGCCGGAGGCCGACGAGGACAGGCUGGUGGACUUCCUGUUGGUGUACGGGAAGGCCUUCCCCCUGAAGGACGAAGCCGGCGUGGACUUGGACGCCAGGGAAGAGCCCCAGAGUGAUGCCUCCUUUGGGUCCUCGCGCCAGUCCUCCAUGUCCCUGGGCACCGUGGCCAGCCCCGAAGUUCUAAAUGGGACCAGAAGUGAGAGUGAGGAAGAGCAAGAGCCCUUGGUGCUCACGGCUGAGGGGUACCCCAAGGUCAUCUCCGUGAUCCUGCGGCCCCACGACGGCGUCCUCUCCGAGGAGCCCUACUCCAUCAUUCCCAAGCAGCUGGUCAUCCCGGCUGCCGGGAGCAACUUCAUCCACGUCUCCUUCACGCCCGGGGUCCUGCCGGGGUCCGUCAGCAAGAUGGUGUGUAACAGUUACGCCCUGGGCUUCAUGAGCCUGGACAGCAAGGUUGUUCAGGAGAUCCCGGGAAAGGUGAAACGGGCCCAGAACUUCGGCGCUGAUGUCUUCCGCCUGGACCUCCAGGGCCUUGUGCGGCCUGCCUGGCUGAGCAUCGAGCAGGACUACGAUGGAGGAAUGACCUUCUACCUGCAGGCCAGCGACCUCAUCCCAGCCAACCCACUCCUGGGGGUGCACACAGAGAUAGUGACCACCCACCGCCUGAAGCUCAACAACUUCUCGGACAUGGCCCACUGCUUCGGGCUCCUGGUGGCCCCCCCGUUCUCCGUGACGGGGAUCAACCCUGAAUACAACCGCCAAGGCUGGGAGGGCGAGGAGGAGGAGGAGGACGAGCUGGCCGGGGAUCAGUUUGUGCUCAACCCCCUGCAGAACAUGCUGAUCGAGGUGUCCUUCACCCUGUCCCUGGAGCUGCUGACCUAUCAGAAGCUGCCCUCGGACCAGAUGCUGCCGGGGGUGAAGAUCCUGCAGGAGCGCGACGGCUCCCGGAGAAUGGAGUUCGCCCAGGACCUGGUGCUGGAGUACAGCAACGGGACCAUGCAGGUGGUGCCCCUCUUGGCCGUCGUGACCAUCCCGUCCCUGCAGCUCUCCACCAGCUGGGUGGACUUUGGGAUCUGCGUGGUGAGCGAGACGUACACGCGAGAGAUCGAUCUCCUCAACCUGAGCGCCUGCAGGAGCUACUGGCUGGCUCUGAUAGACCAGCAGGAGCGGCACAAGGGCAUCUUUUACGUGUACCCAACCAGCGGAGUGCUGGAGGCUCGGGAGGUCAACUACCCUCCGACCUCCACCAACUUGUACAUCCACUUCACUCCCAGUGACAACGCGGAGUUCGAGGCCGUGGUGAUGGUGGACGGCAUCCUGGGGGAGGCCUGCCUGCUGCACGUGUACGGGCAGGGCUCCUACGACGAGAAGUACUAGCUGCGGGCGCCCCCGCCCUCCCCCCCUCCCCGUCUGUGGCCAGCGCCUUAUUAAUAAAGCAGAUUGCCUUGGCGGCCUCCUCCUCUGUGGGGAGGCCUGUGACCUGUGACCCUGCUGAGGCCGGUGACCCCAUUUUACAGAUGAGGAAGCUGAGGCAGGCGCCAGGGCGGCAGAGGCGGCCAGAUCUGAGAUCGGCUCCCGCCCCUGCUCCUUCUCCCGC